CCUCUGACUGGAUGCGACCCUCCCUCUGCUGUGGUAGACAUGCUUGACUCUCGUCACUUUCUAGUCUCUACUGACGACCUCAGCAGCUCCUCUUCCAUCUCCAAAUGCAAGUUUAGUGCUUCAACGCAGCAAUGCUUCGGUGCGAGCCGGCCAAACCCCUGGUGACCUGGACUGACCGUGAGGUUGUGAGAGGGGAGACCGAGAGGCAGGGCGCACUCUGGCUCGCCUGUCACCUGCAGUGGCCCUGACACCGAGGGAGACUUGGCUUCAGUCAGACGACGAUGAAGACACUCAGGAGCAGCAAAACAAUCCGGAUCCGGGAUCCGUUUUCCUCGUUUUCUUCUGGCCGUGUCUCGAGGAGCCGGAGGAGAGACGAAGACAGAGGUCUCACUCUGUGGCGGCGUGACACGACAGAAAGGACGGAGGUGACGGGAGGUCAACGUGACGAAGCGCAGCCGGUCAGAGCUGCUCAUUCAAAGCUAGAAGCUAUAGCGGAGAAACCAGGCCACAGAUGAGCGCUGGGGCGGAGGAGGAGGAGGAGGAUGGCUUUGCCUGCUUCCGCUGCUGCCGGUCCGCGUGGCUGCUCGCGGUGACUUGUGCCAAUAUGGAGCUCAUAUCAAAGACCAAGCGAUCGGUCGUCAUGGCAACCGUUUUCCUCGCUUGGCCUUGAUGGAGAUGCGGCGCGAGUGAGCGCUCCUCCCACUCGGAGACGAUCUGUGCGCGCGGCGCUGUGUUUACCGGGAUCACAAGUGACGCGACGCCCGCGAGCAUCCACCGAGCCUCCAGACUUCAGCCACGGACGCGGCGGCCCACAAGCGGCGGCGGCAGCAGCGCCCGACAGAAGCGGCGUCUGCCAGCGGAACCGAGCGGGAGCCACGUGCGCGCUGCGAGGCUGCUCCCCACACACCUGACGCCGCUUCGGCCUCGGCGACACCUGCACUCCGGCUGCGGCCGCGGACAUGGAGCCGCUCGGCGCCUCCGUCGGGACCGAAGACGCCAGGAGUGGACUCCUCUCGGCGAGGGAGGCGGAGCGGUGAAGCCCUCGGAACGGACUCUCUUCCAGCUCCGUCUGGUGCCGUUAGCCGGCCUGCGGCUAAAGCUGCUGCUGCCCUGAACGCGUCUCCACAGGCGAGGAGCGCGAGCUCAGCGGUGGUCUUCCCGGAGGUUCGGGGUCCUGCUGCUCCCGCGAUGAGGACGGCACGGAGGAGGAGCAGCUUGACCUUGUCCUGGGUUCUGGUGCUGGCGGUGUCGUCCUGUCUGCCCGGCGCCGCAGAGAUCUGCGGCCCGAGCAUCGACAUCGGCAAUGACAUCAGUGAAUUCCGGCGUCUGGAGAACUGCACAGUGGUGGAGGGCUACCUGCAGAUCCUCCUCAUCGGAGACAAGAACAGCAACGCCAUCAACCAGGAGAUCUUCCGCACCCUCAGCUUUCCCAAGCUCACCAUGGUCACCGACUACGUGCUGCUGUUCCGAGUGUCUGGCUUGGACAGCCUCAGCACGCUCUUUCCAAACCUGGCCGUCAUCCGGGGGCGAAACCUCUUCUACAACUACGCCCUGGUCAUCUUCGAGAUGACCAGCCUGAAGGACGUCGGCCUGCACAGCCUGAGGAACAUCACCCGAGGAGCCAUCCGGAUCGAGAAGAACCCCGAGCUCUGCUAUCUGGACUCAAUCGACUGGUCGCUCAUCAUGGACGCAGAGUUCAACAACUUCAUCGCCGGGAACAAGCAGUCGGAGGAGUGCAGCGACGUCUGCCCAGGAAUCAUGGAGAACCGCCCCCAGUGCCGGAAGACCAUGUUCAACAACAACUACGGCUAUCGCUGCUGGAACUCCAACCACUGCCAGAAAGAGUGUCCAGAGAGGUGUAAGAAGCGCGCCUGCACGGCGGCGGGCGAGUGCUGCCACCCUCAGUGUCUGGGCAGCUGCACGGCGCCGGCCAACGACAGCGCCUGCUCCGCCUGCGUGCAUUACAACCACCAGGGGCGCUGUGUGAAGAACUGCCCGCGCGGCACCUACCGCUUCGAGGGCUGGCGCUGCGUCAGUGCCGAGGUCUGCUCCAAGGUCCACCUGCCCGGCAGCUUCAUCAUCCACGGCGGCGAGUGCAUGUCCGAGUGCCCGCCGGGCUACACGCGCGUCUCUCCGGACAGCCUGUUCUGCAAAGCCUGCGACGGCCUGUGUGACAAGGUGUGCGAGGAGAAGGUGGUGGACUCCAUGGACGCCGCGCAGUCGCUGAAGGGCUGCACCGUCAUCAAGGGCAACCUGCACAUCAACAUCCGCAGAGGCCACAACAUGGUGGCCGAGCUGGAGAGCUUCACCGGUCUGAUCCAGAGAGUGACCGGCUACGUCCGGAUCCGCCGCUCUCACACGCUGAGCUCGCUGGCCUUCCUGCGCAGCCUCCGCACCAUCGAUGGAGAGCAGCUUCUGGACGACACCUACGCCUUCUCAGCCUUUGACAACCAGCAGCUGCAGUACCUAUGGGACUGGAGGCACCACAACCUCACCAUCAACAAGGGCAAGCUGUUCUUCCGGGCCAACCCCAAACUCUGCAUGUCGGAGAUCCACAAGAUGUGGCAGAAGACGGGGAUCGGGGGCCAGUUUGAGGAGAGCGACUUCAGGAACAAUGGCGACCGAGCCAGCUGUGAAAGCACCAUUCUCCAGUUCAAGUCCAACAGCACCAGCAGCAGCCGGAUCAAGCUGACGUGGGAGCGCUACCGACCCCACGACUUCAGAGACCUCAUCAGCUUCAUCGUCUACUACAAGGAGGCUCCUCACCAGAACAUCACUGAGUUCGAGGGUCAGGACGGCUGCGGCUCCAACAGCUGGAACAUGGUGGACGUGGAGCUGCGGCAGGACAAGGACCUGGACCCCGGAGUCCUGCUGUCGAACCUGAAGCCCUGGACCCAGUACGCCGUCUUCGUCAAGGCCAUCACUCUGGCGGUGGAUGACAAGCACACGCCCAGCGCCAAGAGCAAGGUGGUCUACAUCCGGACCAGUCCGGCAGCGCCCUCUAUGCCUCUGGAUGUGCGAGCGUACUCCAACUCCACCACGCAGCUGGUGGUGCGCUGGUCGGCGCCCACGUCGCCCAACGGGAACCAGACCUACUACCUGGUCCGCUGGCAGCAGCAGGCUGAGGACCGCGAGCUGUACCAGCACAACUACUGCUCCAAAGACCUGAAGAUCCCGAUCCGAGUGGCUGCCGUCGGAGUGGGAGACCCGGAGGAAGACACCAGCCCGACCAAACCGGACCCAGACGAGGCCGACAAGGGUCCCUGCUGCCCGUGUCCCAAGUCUGUGGAGGACCUGGAGGCCGAGGCCGCCGACGCCUCCUACAGGAAAGUCUUUGAGAACUUCCUGCACAACUCCAUCUUCACGCCGCGGCCACCGGACCGUCGGCGCCGCGACGUCUUUGGCGUGGCCAACUCCACUCGUGGUGAACGGGACCGUUUCCACGGCAACAGCAGCGCCGCCCCUCCGCUGGUGCCGACCAACAGCAGCUCCGUGCCCCCGCCGCGAGCGGACCGCGAGUACGAGUUCGUGGAGCAGGCGGUGACGGAGAGAGAGCUGCAGAUCUCCGGCCUGCAGCCCUUCACCGUCUACCGCAUCGACGUCCACGCCUGCAACAGCCAGGUCCAGCGCUGCAGCGCCGCCGAGUUCGUCUUCUCCAGAACCAAGCCUGCAGAAAAGGCCGACAACAUUCCGGGGCCGGUGACCUGGGAGGGUCACGAGGACUGGGUCUUUCUGCGCUGGCCGGCUCCGGCGCGACCGAACGGUCUCAUCCUCAUGUACGAGAUCAAGUUUCAACUGGCCGCUGAGACGGAGAAGCACGAGUGCGUCUCCAGUCAGACCUACCAGAGCCUUCGGGGCGUCCGCCUGUCCAACCUGAGCCCGGGGAACUACUCGGUCCGGAUCAGAGCCACCUCGCUGGCCGGGAACGGCUCCUGGACUCGCAGCAUGGAGCUCUACGUGGCUGAACGUGAGGACUGGCUCCGGCUGGAGGGGAGGAGUGAAGCUGACGCAGUGACCAGUCUCGGUCUCUCUGCAGGUUAUGAAAACCUGGUCUACGCCCUGGUCCUGGUGCCGCUCAUGCUCAUCCUGAUCGCCAGCGUCCUGCUGUCUCUGCUCUUCAUGUUCAACAGGAAGAGGAACAGCGACCGUCUUGGAAACGGCGUCUUGUACGCGUCGGUCAACCCCGAGUACUUCAGCGCGGCAGAGAUGUACGUGCCGGACGAGUGGGAGGUGCCUCGGGACAGGAUCUCUCUGCUGCGGGAGCUGGGCCAGGGCUCCUUCGGGAUGGUGUACGAGGGCGUGGCCAAGGGCGUGGUCAAGGACGAGGCCGAGACCCGGGUGGCGGUGAAGACGGUCAACGAGUCGGCCAGCAUGAGGGAGCGGAUCGAGUUCCUCAACGAGGCCUCGGUCAUGAAGGAGUUCAACUGUCACCACGUGGUGCGACUCCUGGGCGUGGUGUCUCAAGGUCAGCCCACGCUGGUCAUCAUGGAGCUGAUGACUCGAGGGGACCUGAAGAGUUACCUGCGCUCCCUCAGACCUAAAGAGCUGCAGGACCCGUCUCUCGCGCUGCCUCCGCUGAAGACCAUGCUCCACAUGACGGGUCAGAUCGCCGACGGCAUGUCCUACCUCCACGCCAACAAGUUCGUCCACCGAGACCUGGCGGCCCGGAACUGCAUGGUGGCUGAGGACUUCACCGUCAAGAUCGGAGACUUCGGCAUGACCCGAGACAUCUACGAGACCGACUACUACCGCAAGGGCGGGAAGGGCCUCCUGCCCGUGCGCUGGAUGUCGCCCGAGUCUCUGAAGGACGGCGUCUUCACCACCAACUCGGACGUCUGGUCCUUCGGCGUGGUCCUGUGGGAGAUCGCCACUCUGGCCGAGCAGCCGUACCAGGGCCUGUCCAACGAGCAGGUGCUGCGCUUCGUCAUGGAGGGGGGGCUCCUGGAGAAGCCCCACAGCUGCCCCGACCUGCUGUUCGAGCUGAUGAGGCUGUGCUGGCAGUACAACCCCAAGAUGCGUCCGUCCUUCGUGGACAUCAUCAGCAGCGUGAAGGAGGAGCUGGAUCCCUCCUUCUGUGAGGUCAGUUUCUUCCACAGCGCCGACAACAAGGCGGCCGACACGCCGCCGGACCAGGAUCAGACUCCGCCUUCUGCCAGCGCGGAGGCUGAGGGCGGCGCCCCGGACGAGCUGCCGCCGUACGCGCACAUGAACGGUGGUGGCAAAAAGGAGCGCGCCAUGCCCCUGCCCCGGUCCUCCGCCUGCUGACUGGACCUCCGCAGUCAGUCUCACGGGGCCAGGUGCGCCCACAUGGACGCGGGGAGCUCCACCCGCCGCGAAGACGCACUUACCGGAGCCAGUGCCGCGACGGCACCGGACUCACUUUUGUACUUUUGUAGGCUCCGACACCUCCCCCGACAUCAUCGCGCCGACACCAGCCAUCUCAGGUCAAGAUGACGCGCCGCUUCUUUCCCACGCUCACCUGUCCAGGUCGAGUCGCCGGCUACCCAAGUUAGCAACAUGCCAAUGCUAAGGAGCCAGCUGCAUCACCAGUUACUGUUGGUCCACUGAGGUGACAAGCUGUUAGCAUCCGAGUGCACUGCGGUGGGAGGACGCGGCUCCGCGCCAGUGUUGCCGGUGUGUGCUCUGGGGUUCAUCUACCUCAGUUCCACAAGUCAAGCGCCAGAGAGGAGCUGGGUUCUGCUGCAGGAGCGAGCCGUCCCUCCGUCUUCCUGUCCCGCCUGGUUGGACUUCUGUGUUGCUGGAUCCCUCGUCAUGAAGGAGGAUGAAUGUCUCUGCUUUGGGUUUUUUCUACACCGGUUCAGUUCAAUAAAACGUUUGCAGACAAUGUCACUGUCAACAGCAGCUCCGCUAGGUGUCACUCUUGCAUGGCUUGGUCGAACCGGUGUCCUCGUCACGUGAUCCUGGAGCGGGAAGGACUCUUGACCCGCCUGAGGCGGCUCCGGUCCGGAGCUCACAGGCCCGAAGAGCAGUGAGACGACAUGGACACUAAAGGGCGCCACACAGGCGCGAGGCUUUAAUGACAACAGUGACACAGCAGGGGGCAGUAGCGUUCAAGAGGAUCGCAUGACCGCGGGGGCGGAAACACUCGGUGGGUUAAGGACCAGAAGGCAGACGAUGCAGAGGUCAAAGGUCAGGUCAGACGACCGAGAAGGUGAUCCCGUGCCGGUGGAGCCGCUGGAUCAGAGUGGUCCUGGCAAAGGCGGCUCCCGGGGUGAAGACGCCGCCCCUGCAGGGACGGAGCAGCGGGUCAGGAGCUCCGCAUCAGAGGCGAGGGGUGCAGCUCACCUGGGCGGCAGGUCACGGGCCUCGUGGAGGAGGGUGAGCGCGGCCUGCACCAUGAUGAUGGGCGUGGCCACGUAGCCGCACUCUGGUGGAGACAGAGAGUCGGU